GUGACGGACGGUAAACGUCACGUGACCGCGCCUCCACUUCUCUCCUCAACGGUCGAGAUACCGACAGCGACGGCGACAGAAAAUGAGCUAAAAAAGCGAGACCCGAGAGCCGCGUCAUAGCCGACAUGGUGGAGGUGUUCACCGGGCGGACCCUGGUGAACAAAGACGGCGAGCUGGUCGACCCCGACGAGGCGCUGAGGAACAAAGUGGUGGGCAUCUACUUCUCCGCCGGGUGGUGUCCGCCGUGCCGGGACUUCACCCCCGUCCUGUGCGACUUCUACACGGAGCUGGUGGAGGAGAGCGACCCGCCGGCGCAGCUGGAGAUCGUCUUCGUCUCGUCCGACAAGUCGACGGACGACAUGGUGGAGUAUUACCACGACGCGCACGGGGACUGGCUGGCUCUGCCCUGGACGGACGAGUACAAGCAUGAGUUGAAGCAGCGCUACAAGAUCACGGCGGUGCCCAAGCUGGUGAUCGUGAAGCAGAGCGGCGACGUCAUCACGGACAAAGGCCGCAAACAGAUCCGGGACCGAGGCCUGGCGUGCUUCAGGUCCUGGCUGGAGGCCGCCGAAAUCUUCCAGAACUUCAAGGGUUAGGGAACGAAGACGAGGGGGGUGGGGGGCGCGUGGAAGCGAGGGCUGUCGCGGCAGAGAGUUGAAGAAAACUAUCCGGAACAGAAUAUAAUUUACUUCUUGAGCACUCUAAAGUCCUUUUAAAUGAAACGCGUCAACGAGGGUUUGACGAGAAAAAGGUUCCAAAAAGCUUCUUUUAAACAUUCUAUGCAUCUAAGACAAACCUCAGGCAUAUGUGAAAAAUGAUUUGCGUUAAGGAAGUUAUGCAUUUAGUUUGAAUACUACAAGCCAGUUACAGUAGUUGUUUUUUUUGGAAUAGACUGGAAUAGACAGUUAAACCUUUCUAUAGGAGGUGUCUUAAAUAAGCUUUUGUAUAUUUAACGUUUGACUUGUAGUUCUACUUUGAGCUGCCAGUGUAUUUUUGACCUUGUAUUUAUUUAAAUGGUUAUUAAAAUAUAUAUAUUCUGAGAUGUA